AUGGGUUUCUUGGCUACUGGUGGUUUUGGAGCCACUGCUUCCUUUGUUUUCUACUGGAUCUUUCUGGCGGGACGCAGCAGGACUGUCGGUGCUUUUGAGCAGAUCCGACACAUUUCAGGAAAACUUGCUCCAGGUUCUUUUGUUCUAUCUCCGCUUUGUGCUGAUCUAGUGACCGCGCCGAGCUAUGAUAGAGUGAGGGCAUGUCCUCGGGGGGAGCGAUGGGCACCUUCUAGGUUGAGAGUGGGGUCAUGGAACAUAGGGACUCUGACGGGGAAGUCUAUAGAGUUAGCAAAGAUUCUCCAUAAGAGGAAGAUUAACAUAGCAUGCGUCCAGGAGACUAGAGCUGAUGGGUUUAAGUUGUGGUAUUCAGAGAGGGUGAGAGGGAAGAACAAGGUAGGCAUUUUAGUUGAUAAGGAUCUAAGGGAGCUAGUGAUUGAGGUUAAGAGGGUAAAUGACAUGUUGAUGGCCAUUAAGAUAGUCGUGGGAGGGUAUACUCUAAACAUAGUUAGCGCUUACGCUCCUCACGUGGGUUUGGAUGAGGAGGUUAAAAGAUACUUCUGGGAAGAUUUGGAUGGGUUAGUGUGGGGUAUACCGUCCACCGAGAAGCUUAUUAUAGGAGGUGAUUUUAACGGCCACAUUGGGAUGUUGCCUGGGGGAUAUGACGGUGUGCAUGGUGGCUUCGAUUUUGGAGAUAGAAACGGAGGAGGUACUUCGCUGCUGGAGUAUGCUAAAGCUUUUGAGCUGGUGAUCGUUAACUCGUGUUACCCGAAAAAGGCAGAGCACCUGAUAACUUUUCAGAGUACAGUGGCCGAGACCCAAAUUGAUUAUCUACUUCUCCGAAAAUGUGAUAGAGGUUUAUGCACGGAUUGCAAGGUCAUCCCGAGUGAGAAUCUUACGACCCGACAUAUGCUUUUGGUUAUGGACUAA